AUGAAUAUUUAUACAAAAUCCAUUUUUAAGGAACGUCACACAUUAGAAGAAAGAAAAAAGUUAUAUAAUACAAAACAAAUAAUACAUCCUGCUAAAAUUUUGAUAAUCUUAGAAUAAUUUAUUGAUUCUAUCUCUUCAUUUUAGUUGUAACGAUGCCUUUUAUUUCGAGAUGUGCAGCUGAUCCAGAAUAACUUAUGAUAACUUUUGAGGCAGAUAUGAAAAAAAUAUUACAAAAAAAUACAUCAAAAACAAAAUAUAUAUCACUUUUCUUUUUUAUAGACAAUAUUUUACCAUAAAAAGGUAAUAAUAAUUAAGAUAUUUUAAGAUUAAACUUUAGGGUAAUUAUAGUAAAAAAUGCGAGAUAAAGAUGAUGGUUUCUUAUAUAUGCAAGUAAAAUCUUUAGAAACUUUAGGAUCACUUUAUUGA